AUGGGUCUGUCUUUACAGAACCUGGGGUUGUCCCUAUUGGUCCUGAUCGCUUUCUCCGGUCAGGCAUACGCAUUUGGCGCUGGCAACAUCGCCUCUCUUUCCCGCCUUGAAGGUCAAAACUGGCGUCAUGGGGAUAUUGAGGAUGCCCUUCUGACUCUCUUCAUGGCGAGAGUCGCCGGUGGUAAGAAAUUCGGUAAGCUGGACGUGAAGCGGGUCUACUUCGGUAAUUGGUUGCGUGAUUAUAGCCAAGCUGUCGAUGUGGGCACCGUCAAGUAUGUUAGUGCUGAAGCUAUUCGUAUCCUGCUCUGGGUGCUGGGCUUCAUGAGCUUUGGAUACGGAACCGGGGAGUUUGAGGUUACCACGGAACGCCUUGGAUGUUAUCAACCCACAGAACAUAUCGAUAACCCCUUGGGAUACGCCACUGGCGAGGAUGCCCGUGACUACGAUCGUCGACUGCGUGGCCCUAUCGAUGAAGAGCGAGAGCUUUCAGUGGAUCCCCGAACCGAGGAUGUGGGUAUUGAUACCUCGGCUGGGUUGAUUCGUCGUGUGCUCGGCCGCUCCAUUCAGAUGGGUCGGCGUUACGGCCAAUCUGGGAACAAGGAAGACCUAUACGAAGCUCUACGACUGCUGGGCACUGGAUUACACUGCCUGGAAGAUUACGCUGCUCACUCUAACUACACUGAACUCAGCCUGAUUGAAAUGGGAGAGACAGAGGUCUUCCCUCACGUCGGACGCAACACCAAACUGCAAGUUAGAGGUGUCAAUGACGAAGUCUACCCAAUCGUGACCGGAACCUUUGGCGGAGUUGAUUUCUUCCAUUCCGUACUAGGAGAGUUGUCCGAUAAGACAAUGCAGUCUGAAAUUGAGGGCUUGGAAAAUGUCGUCGCCAACUCGGAGAACCAGGAUUCCUCUGAGAGUUUCUUGCAGACCCUGCUGAGCAAGAUUCCCGAUGGACUGCUUGGUGACAGCAACGACCAGACCGGCCAGAUGGAUGACUUCAAAUCAAAGGCAGACGAAGCCAAGCAUGACGGUGAUAACGUCAACCCUCGUGAACCUGAAGAUUGGGCUAUCUACCUGGACAAUGUUCAGAAGCAGAUCUACCCAGUCCUCGAGUGGCAUGACAACCUGCUAAAACAAAUCAAUGAGGCCAUCGAAAAGAUCCCGGUCUUGCCCGAACUGAUUGAGCAAAUCCAGGAUCAAAUCACCAUUUUUGUCUUCUCUAUCCUGGCUCCCUAUGUCCUUCCCAUUAUCAAGCAGGUCAAGUCCGAGCUCGAGACCGGUUCAUCCGAAGUGAUCCAGAGCAGCCGGGAGCAGCAGCACGUUGUCUUUAACGAUGAUGACUGCUCAAAUCCGACUCACUCAAUGCUCUCAAAAGACCACUUCUCAAACAUCCUGAAUGAACCAGCUGGUCGUAUUGCGUCAGCUGUUGUUAAAUGGUCGGUUCCUCAGCUCAUGUCAUGCUGGGAUGAUGAGAAUAUCGAUAUCGACCGAACCCUUGACAGAAUCAUCUCUGGUGUUUUCCACCACCCCGCCCUUCGUGAGUCUGGACGUGAUGGAGCUGUCGACAUGCGCCAAAUCAUGUUCUCCACUGUGGAGAAGUGGUGGAGCGAAAAGGAUGAUGAGGAGCGUGACAUCCUCCGCGAGCAGCUGAGCCGCGAUGGUGUCCUUGAAGGCAGGAACCACAAAGAUGGCGUGCAGGAUUGUGGACACGGAUGUGGCAAGCCCAUCGCUCUUCCCAAGUCUCACGGCAGCUCUGGAGAAGGCCAAGGGUCCGGUGGCUCUGGUAAGUCUGAUAUUGAAAACCUCGCCUCCGAGGCUCUGGGAGGAGGCGCAUUUGGUGGUAUACUCGGUGGCCUUGUAGGAGGCAUGGGCUCUAUGCUUCUCAACGAUAGCGGCUCAAAGCCUGGCCGGGAUAGCCCAGAGCCUCAGAACUAUGACAGCGGGAAUUCUUACCAGAGUCGACCCCAAUAUGAGAGCCAGCAGUAUGGAGGGGACUCUCGCCCGAGUGGAUAUGGACAACCAAGUGAACCAAGCUACGGAGGCUACGGUCAGCCCCCAGUUCAUCGCGAAGAAUACCGUCCUCGUCCCGGCGGAUAUGAAUAUCAAAGUGAAACUGUCUAUGAACAGCCACCUGUGCGUCGCGAUGAGUAUUCUGGUUACGCACCCCCAGCGGAGAACUUCCGCCGUGAGGAGCACCACCGCCAAUACCAGUCAGAAAGCCAGAGUUACUAUCAGGAGCAGACACGGGAGACCUACCAAAGUGGUCAAUCUGAAUAUCAACGUACCGAGACACAGUAUGGAUACGGAGGCCCGCCUCGUCAGGAAUAUGGACAGGAGUCCUCUGGAUAUGGUAGACAGCAACCUGGGUACAAUGAAUAUGAGAAUUCUGGCUAUAGGCCCCAGGAAGGAUAUGGCCAGCGGGAGAGCGGUGAUGGAUACCGCCCCGAGCGACAAUAUGAGGGCGAGGAGCGCCCCAGGUACCGCUCGGGCUCUCACAGUGGAGGCAGCGAUGAUGAGGAACGUUCUCACCGACACCACCGACACCACCAUCACCAUCACCAUGAACGGUCUGGUUCGGAAUCGAAUUAG